GGAAGAAACGAGUGCGUUUCCGGAACCGGUGUUGCGUACGCGUAGCAGUUCGUCACCAGCAUUUCCUCUCUCAUACACAGCACGAUCCGCCACCCCGCGCUGGGCGGCUCGCCGCCGUUAUAAAUCCGGCACGGUUCAAAACCAAAUCGCCCCACCUGACACCUACCAAAUCCCCAAGCUUAUAAUUAAGCAGUGGACUGAUCGCGCGGCGGCAAUGGGGGCGACUACGCGAGGCCUGCUCCUGUCCUGCUUCCACGGCGGCGGCUCCGAGGUGAGCCGCCUCCUCGCCCUGCGGCCACGGUACCCGUCAAUGCCGCGGCGGCCGAAGGGGGCGGCGGUUGCUGGCGACGGCGGGGGCGGCGAAGGAGGAGGAGGCGAUCUGGAGGCCGCGGGGGGUGCGGGGAGCGAGGAGGGGGAGGAGAAGGUGGCGGUGUUCUCCGUGUCCGGGAUGACGUGCGCCGCGUGCGCGGGGUCGGUGGAGAAGGCCGUGAAGCGGCUCCCGGGCAUCCUCAACGCCGCCGUCGACGUCCUCGGGGGCCGCGCGCAGGUCGUCUUCUACCCGGUCUUCGUCUCGGAGAACAUAAUUACAGAAGCCAUCGAGGAUGUUGGUUUUGAAGCUAAGUUGAUUGAUGAGGAAGUCAUGGAAAAGAACAUUCUACUAUGCAGGCUACAUAUAAAAGGAAUGGCCUGCAAGUAUUGCACAAGCACAGUUCAAUUUGUCUUGCAAGCUUCCCCUGGAGUUCAAAGAGCUUCAGUUGCACUUGCUACUGAAGAGGCAGAGAUCCGUUAUGAUCGCAGGAUUGUUUCUGCUGGCCAGCUAAUCCAAGUAGUGGAAGAAACUGGCUUUGAAGCGAUACUAGUCACCACAGGAGAAGAUCGGAGCAGGAUUGACCUCAAAAUGGAUGGUGUUCUCGAUGAGAGGUCGUUAAUGAUCGUGAAAAGCUCUGUACAGGCUCUUCCUGGUGUGGAAAACAUUAAAAUCGACACUAAAUUACACAAGGUCACCAUCUCAUACAAGCCUGAACAGACAGGUCCCCGGGACCUCAUCGAGGUCAUCAAGUCAGCUACAUCUGGUCUUGUCAAUGCAUCAAUAUAUCUGGAAGCAGAUGGAAGGGACCAGCAUAGGUAUGUGGAAAUCAAACAAUACAGGCAGUCUUUCUUGUGGAGCUUAAUAUUCACCAUUCCAGUUUUUCUCACCUCCAUGGUGUUCAUGUACAUCCCUUGGUUGAAGGCUGGACUGGAAAGAAAGGUUUUCAACAUGAUGAGCACUGGUGAACUAUUGCGGUGGAUUUUAUCAACACCAGUCCAAUUUGUUAUUGGUCGCAAAUUCUAUGCUGGUGCUUACAAAGCAAUGUGCCGUGGCUCACCGAACAUGGAUGUGCUUAUUGCUCUAGGGACGAACACAGCUUACUUCUACUCAGUUUACUCGGUUCUUCGAGCAGCUACCUCUGCGAAUUACAUGUCAACUGAUUUCUUUGAGACUAGUUCCAUGCUGAUAUCAUUUAUCCUUCUUGGAAAGUACCUUGAGAUCUUGGCAAAAGGAAAGACCUCCGAAGCUAUCGCCAAGCUGAUGGAUCUUGCACCGGAAACUGCAAUACUGUUGAUACAUGACCAUGAAGGGAAUGUGGUAGGAGAGAAAGAGAUUGACAGCAGAUUGAUCCAGAAAAAUGAUGUUAUUAAAGUAGUCCCAGGUGGAAAAGUUGCUUCUGAUGGCUUUGUUAUAUGGGGCCAGAGCCAUGUGAAUGAAAGCAUGAUUACUGGAGAAUCACGACCAGUAGCAAAGAGGAAGGGUGACACUGUAAUUGGAGGGACGGUGAAUGAGAAUGGUGUGCUCCAUGUACGGGCAACAUUUGUCGGGUCAGAGAGUGCACUGGCACAGAUUGUAAGGCUAGUUGAGUCAGCGCAAAUGGCAAAAGCUCCUGUCCAGAAGUUUGCUGAUCAGAUAUCUAGAGUCUUUGUCCCCCUGGUGAUUCUUUUUUCUUUGCUUACUUGGCUCGCAUGGUUCGUGGCCGGGAGGCUCCAUAGCUACCCUAACUCAUGGCUACCACCAUCCAUGGAUAGUUUUCAGCUAGCUCUUCAGUUUGGGAUAUCGGUUAUGGUGAUUGCCUGUCCUUGCGCCCUAGGACUUGCAACUCCAACUGCCGUGAUGGUUGCAACUGGAGUUGGUGCCUCGCAGGGCGUUCUGAUCAAGGGUGGGCAGGCUCUGGAGAGUGCACAGAAGGUCGACUGCAUCGUUUUUGAUAAGACAGGGACACUAACCAUUGGGAAGCCUGUCGUUGUUGACACAAGGCUUCUCAAAAACACGGUCUUGCGUGAAUUCUAUGACUAUGCUGCAGCAGCAGAGAUAAACAGUGAGCACCCACUGGCGAAAGCGAUAGUGGAGCAUGCAAAAAAGUUGCAUCCAGAAGAAACCCACAUUUGGCCUGAAGCAAGAAAUUUCAUUUCAGUAACUGGGCAUGGUGUCAAGGCAGAAGUUAGUGACAAGAGUAUCAUUGUGGGCAACAAGAGCUUUAUGUUGUCAUCCGUCAUUGAUAUUCCCUCAGAAGCUUUGGAAAUACUCAUGGAAGAAGAGGAGAGGGCAAGGACAGGGAUUAUUGUGGCUAUGGAUCGAGAAGUUGUGGGCAUAAUAUCUGUGUCUGACCCGAUCAAACCAAAUGCCCAUGAAGUGAUAUCGUACCUCAAGUCCAUGAAUGUCGAGAGUAUAAUGGUGACCGGUGACAACUGGGGGACAGCUAAUGCUAUCAGCAAAGAGGUUGGGAUCGAAAAGAUCAUUGCUGAAGCGAAACCAGAGCAGAAGGCUGAGAUGGUGAAGGAGCUUCAGGUGAGCUAUUGCGUGCCUUAUUUUGUCACUUUCUUGCUCUUAUAUUUAGGUGAUCAGUUAUUUGCUGCCCUAAAAACUAAACUCUUGCAGCUGUCUGGACGAACUGUGGCGAUGGUUGGUGAUGGAAUCAAUGACUCCCCAGCACUCGUGUCAGCUGACGUGGGGCUGGCGAUCGGCGCAGGAACAGAUGUCGCCAUUGAAGCUGCCGACAUUGUCCUCAUGAAGAGCAACCUGGAGGAUGUGAUCACUGCCAUCGAUCUGUCCAAGAAAACCUUUUUCCGCAUACGGAUGAACUACGUCUGGGCGCUCGGCUACAACGUAAUUGGCAUACCAAUUGCUGCAGGGGUGCUGUUCCCGUCCACUGGGUUCCGCUUGCCGCCGUGGGUUGCCGGCGCCGCAAUGGCAGCCUCGUCUGUCAGUGUCGUCUGUUGGUCCCUGCUACUGAGGUACUACAAGAGUCCAAAGAUUGUUAGCAGUUGAUGACACAGGAACGACGAGGAUAUAGCGUAUGCCAAGAAAAGAAAAGAAAAGGGAACGUAGAUAGUGUAAGAUCCUGGUGGAAUGACAAGGGAUGCUAACAUUGCCCGAAACAAGCUCCCUGGAUCCCAAAUUAUUGGUUGUUUUGGUUUUUCUAGAUACACUGAUUUUACUAUGCACCUAGGCAUGAUAUAUAUUAAGAUGCAUAGCAAAAAUUAUGCAUCUAGAAAAAACAAAAUGAACGAAGGGAGUAUAUAUUAGGUAGUACGGUGUAUAUAUUAUAGGGUUAUACUACACGUUGGAGUUGAAUAUAGGUGAACUGUGGUGUGCGUA